CUGUGCGGUUUCUUAGGAACUUUGUGCUGAAAUGUUGAUAAAUUCGUUUGGCUUCUGAUAUUGGCAGCAGCUGGUCGUUUGUUAAAUUAUGUCUAAGAUUGGGCGUAGCCUUUACCGCCUAAAGGCACACGAGACGUUGUUUAUGAUGUGCGAUAUUCAGGAAAAAUUUAGGCCAGCAAUACCCUUGAUGGGGGCUGCAAUUGAAAAUUCAAAGAAAUUGGUAGAUGCCGGAAAAGUUUUAAAUAUUCCGCUCUUGGUCACAGAGCAAUAUCCGGAGAAACUUGGACCCACUGUAUGUGAGCUGGAUGUGAAUCAUGCCUGUGCUGUGAUACCAAAAACUCAAUUCAGCAUGCUUUUUCCUCCCAUUGAGCAGAAGAUGAGUGCUAUUUUUGGGGAUAAGCCAAAGACAGCAGUGUUGUUUGGAAUAGAGACUCACGUUUGCGUUGAACAAACCGCUUUUGAUCUGAUUAAUAAGAACAUCAAUGUCUGGUUAGUCGCUGACUGUUGUGCCUCGCGUCUCAAUCAGGACAGAGAUUUGGCCCUGGAACGACUGAGGGACAUUGGCUGUACUAUUACCAGCUCAGAGGCAGUAAUUUUUAACCUGCUGGCUGAUAAAAACCACGAGUCAUUCAAGGACAUUGCCUCGCUGGUGAAGAAGGUGUCAGCCGACUUGCAGAUUUGGCUGCCCACAACAGCUGCCAAUAAAAAAUGAUGGCAAUGAGCGGCCUCCUUUGAUGUCUUUGCUAUUUGCCAUUUGCCAUCCAACCAUUAAGGUAGCAUUUUUGUGUAGCUCAUAGAAAUUAUGAAAGAAGUACCAGAAAAAAAAUAAUAAAAUAUAAAAACAA